AUGAUGCCUUCUGUUCAUACCGUCGAUGAUCUGAAUAAGUAUGAAGGCACUGAAAAACUGCUUGAAAUUUGGUUUUUCAACGAUGAUGCAAAGUUAGCAUUAAGUCCAAAAAGUGCGGGUCUGCGUCAGCUAACAAGUGAAAGCAGUCUUUUUAUAACCAAUAACCGCAUUAUCCUCAAGACCUGCGGUCAGACACAGAUUUUAAACGCCGUGAGACCACUUAUCCAAUACGCAAUGUGCUUGGGGUUUACUAAAUAUGUGCUCUACUACUCGCGUCUGUCAUUUCUGUUUCCGGAGUUGCAGGCAGCACCUCACAGGGAUUUCAGAACCGAGAUUGCUGUACUUGAAAAAUUUUGUGAAACUGGAUCUGGCUACACAUUUGGUCGUUUGAACGCGGAUUGUUGGAAUUUCUACUGUGGUCAGUCGAUGCUGGAAGAAGGUGAUGAGCCCCCGGGUCAAACCAUGGAGUUGAUGAUGCGAGGUCUCAAUCCCAAGAAGAUGGAACCCUUCUACGCAGAAACUUGCGGCUCCGCUGACGAGGCAACAAGGUGCUCGGGAAUUUCAGAUUUGUUUCCCAAGGGUCGUGUGUCGUCGUACCUCUUCACACCGUGCGGCUACUCUGCAAACGGGUUGAUGAAUGAGGACGAGUACUUCACAAUCCACGUCACGCCUCAACCGGAGUUCUCGUACGCCAGUUUCGAGACGAACGUCGCGAUGGACAACUACAUGCCGCUGAUUGAACGCGUUCUCGCCAUAUUUGAGCCCGACUCCUUCAUUUGCACCUUCAUCUCUGACUUGCAAUCGCCAACCUCCGUGACACACGCCGCAAUGGAGAAGACGGUCAAGGUUACGGGCUACCGACGCGCCGACCUGCACGCCGCGUGCAUGGCCAGCGAACGCAAGCUCACCUUCGCAGAGUUCUACCGCACCGAGGAUGUCCGUCUCCAAUAG